AGACUCUGGGUCCACAUCAGUUCCCCUCACAGUUCCUGAUACCAUCACUACAUGGAAAACUGAGGCCUUCUGUCUGUCCUCCAAUGGUUUUGGUCUGGCUCCACCAGCUCUGUUGACUGCCUUCCAGCCCUUCUUCCUAGAGCUCACCCUGCCUUACUCCAUAAUCCGUGGGGAGGUUUUUGAGCUAAAGGCCACAGUCUUCAAUUAUCUGUCCCAAUGCAUCAAGGUUCAAGUGACUCCAACGCCAUCCUCCAACUUCACUCUAAACUCUCUUGAUCAGUCUUCAUCCACUCUCGUUGCCAAUGGGAGAAAGACCUUCAAAUGGGCUUUAACUGCUUCUGUUAUUGGAACUGUAAAUGUGACCAUCAGUGCCCAGGCUAACCCAUCCCAGGAACUGUGUGGUAAUCGGGUUGUGACUGUACCAUCAAGAGGACGCAUUGACAUAGUCACUCGUAGUCUGCUGGUUCUGGCUGAAGGAGUCAAAAGAACUUUCACCCGGAGUUGGUUACUCUGUCCAAAGGGAAGCAUGCUUUCAGAAGAUGCGAGGAUCACCUUUCCAAAGAAUGUCAUCCAGGGAUCAGCCAGAUGCUCUGUAUCAGUCAUUGGGGACAUAAUGGGUCGUGCACUAAAGAAUCUGGCUAACUUGCUACAGAUGCCUUAUGGCUGUGGAGAACAGAAUAUGAUCAUUCUUGGUCCCAAUAUUUACAUCCUACGGUAUCUGAAAGUAACUGCACAGCUCACCCCAGCCAUCCAAGACACUGCCAUGACUUAUCUUCAGAGUGGAUAUCAAGGACAGCUGAACUACAGGCACAGUGAUGGUUCAUUCAGCACUUUUGGUUAUGAUGAAUCCAAUACAUGGUUGACGGCCUUUGUCAUGAGGACUUUUGGUCUAGCGAGGAGCUUCACCUACAUAGACCCCAACGUUCUUCAGAGUGCAAAGGACUGGUUGAUAAGCAAGCAGGCUUCAAAUGGCUGUUUUGUGCAACAGGGGACUCUCUACCACAAUGACAUGAGAGGUGGAGUUGGUGAUAACGUGACCAUGACUGGCUACAUCGUUGCAGCACUGCUUGAAAUUGGAGUCCCUGUCACGGACCCUGUCAUUACUAAGGCUCUGUCGUUUUUGAGGCCUCUUGUUGGAAAUCUGGGGAACACCUAUGUCACUGCUCUGCUCGCCUACACCUUCAGUCUGGCUGGAGAGACCAGCACUCGAGCACAGCUUUUAAAUUCCUUGAGAAACACUGCCAUUUCUGAAGGUACUACUCUCCACUGGUCUCAGACUACAUCAGGGGACACUCUGGCAGUGGAGAUCAGUGCAUAUGUGCUGUUAGCAGUUCUCACUGUACAGCCUGUGACCACUGCUAAUCUGGGCUAUGCUAACCGCAUUGUCAACUGGCUUGUGGCCCAGCAGAAUCCCUAUGGUGGUUUCUCCUCCACUCAGGACACCGUGGUGGCUCUUCAGGCUAUGGCUUUAUAUGCUAGUCUCGUGUUCAGUUCUGGAGGUUCCAGCACAGUUACCGUUCAGUCCUCAGUGCCAGCAGGAGAUGUGUACAACUUUGCUGUGACUCCCAACAACCGCUUGCUGUAUCAGGAGAGUCCACUCAACAACUUUCCAGGCACAUAUAGUGUUGUAGCUUCGGGAUCCACUUGUGUGUCAGUCCAGGUUGCCUGUUUUUACAACAUUCCGACUCCUGUUGUGGUUGCCAAAACACUGAGUGUUGUUGCAAAGGUGACUGGAAACUGCAAGGGGUCACCAGUCAAUCUGAUGUUGACCUUCACAGUCAAAUACACUGGUCCAAAACCAACUACUAACAUGCUUCUGGUGGACAUCAAGGUGUUGUCAGGAUUCACUGCAGACACAUCACUGCUUGGAUCUCCACCCAAUUUCUCUCCAUUGGUGCAGAGGGUGGAUACUGAAGGUGAUCGUGUGCUUGUCUAUCUACAAGAGGUUCCCAAAGGCGUCCCAGUGACCUACAGUAUACAGCUGACACAGACUGUUGCAGUGAAGAAUCUCAAGCCAGCAGUCAUCAAUGUUUAUGACUAUUAUCAGAGAAGUGAAAGUUUUGAGACCACAUACACUUCUGUCUGUUCAUGAUUGGGAUUCAGUUCUGGCUACUCCAUGUAUUUAAAAAGUAAAUAAAUGUCCUUGUAUUUAA